GCACGCUCCGGGCAGUCGGGUCAGCUGUGUUUCCCCCCGUAUUUUCCUCCCUGAAACCUCCAAAAUAUCUCUGUUCCUCAGCAUGUCAUCGUUAAGCAGGUCUUCCCAGCUUCUGCAGGAGGACUGCCUGCAGUAUAUUUAGCCUGUGUUGUUCUGUGACUCCAGAGGAGCAACAGGUGUUAUCGAUACAAGCAGGAGCAGACUGAGGCAUUCUUUAUGAUCCAAGACAACACUUAUUGGCAUCACAUCAAUACACACUUGUUCCUCUGUCUGUAGUCCACCUCCUCCUCCUCUCUUCCACCCAUCAGCCAACAAUGUCGGGUGACAUUCUGCACCGGCUCAGCACUUUGACCCUAAGCAUCAAGCACCUUGGCCGCCUUCCUCUGUUUUCAGACCUCAUCUGUUCUUCCAUUCCGUCACCCAGACCCACCGUCACGGCCUCCCAGGUCCCCAUCCUAUUCCGAGAGCCCUACAUCCUGUCAGGCUACCGUCCCGUCCAUCAGGACUGGCGUUGCUACCUCCUCAGCCUCUUCCAGAGACACAAUGAAACUCUGAACGUGUGGACUCACCUGUUGGCAGGUCCUGUCCUGCUGCUCCGCUGGUGGGCAAACACAGGCACCCUGGGGUACACCCUGGAUGCAGCCUCUCUACCUCUGAGCGUCUUCCUGGUGUCUUCCCUCACCUACCUGUUCUUCAGUGUGGCGGCUCACCUCUUUCAGUCUCACUCUGAGCAUGCACACUACUUCGUCUUCUUCAUGGACUAUGUUGGUGUAGCUGUGUAUCAGUAUGGUUGCUCUCUUGGACAUUACUUUUACACGUCAGAGCCUGCAUGGAGAGAAAGUUACAUCGGUCUGCUGUUUCUGCCUGGAGCUGCCUUCUUCGGGUGGCUCUCCUGUGCUGGUUGCUGUUUCGCUAAGUGCAGGUACCGAAGGCCCUAUCCACUGCAGCGUAAAAUCUGCCAACUGAUUCCUACGACCCUAGCGUACCUGCUGGACAUCAGCCCCGUAGCCCACCGCCUGUUGACCGUCUCCUGGACUCAAGAGCCAUCGCUGCCCUUCCACGCCCUCCAGAUUAUCUCUUUCCUGCUGUCGGCCCUUUUCUUCUCCUGUCCCAUCCCUGAGCGCUUCUUCCCAGGCCACUGUGACUUUGUGGGUCAGGGUCACCAGAUCUUCCAUCUGUUUUUGUCUCUGUGCACUGUGUUCCAGCUGGAGGCUCUGUUCCUGGACUAUGCCAGGCGUAGGGAUACAGUGGUGGAGGUAUUUGGAGAGAGGCAGCUGUGGUGGGCUUGUGUAUCCUUCCUGGCCUUAUUCCUGCUUUGCAUCCUGACAGCAGUCAUCACAAUGAGACACUUGAAAAGGCAACUGCAGAGUAAACAAGUGAGAGACAAGUGACAAGUGUGUGUCUGUGUGUCUAUAAGAGAGAGAGGGUUGGGGGUAAAUCUACCAAGUUGAAUUAGUAAUAGUAAUAAAAUAAAGCAAUAUUCAUAUGUUUUUGUUUAAAAUAAAUCCGUUCAUCUGUGAAAAAUGUGAUUACUUACAGUAUCUGACCAAUAAAAUAAUGUGAAAGAG